AUGAACUCCAAGAUUGGUCGGCCCGUAGCGAUCCAAGUGGGACCCCCAAGCCAGAACUUUUGGGUCGUUUACAUCUGCAACUACGACCCCGGCUGCCUCAAGUAUGACCCUGCGAAAACUCGAGUGGCUCUCUCCCUCCUCCAGGCUGUCGAGAACAUCAACGUCGCCGCCGAGGGCAUCAUCUACCUCGAGUCAAACAACUUCACCAGCGCGCUGGACUCCGCUGUCGACGAGUACGACCGCCUUUCGGAUGCUCUGGGAGCCGUGAGAGGCAAGACCCGCGACAUGAACAAUUCCAAAACAUCGGAAAUGAUGUCGCACGCGAGGACUGAGGGAAACAAGCUUCACGUCCUUGCAGAUGGUCUCGCAUACUGGGCUGAAAGAAACGACCAGGCGGACCGCAUCCUGGCGUUUGUCGCCCAGGCGGAGACACAGGCAUGGUGGUGCCCCAUUGCCUCCUGUUCGACCGUCACUCCGUUCAGCAGGCUCGCCAGUGGAUCCUCUCCAAACCCACUGGCUACAACUUUACGCUGGACGUACAGGCCAGCAACAGCCAUGUCGCCAGGAGCAUGUUAUUUUCGGAACGCAAGAGCGAUGCGCUGGACCGCUUCGCCGCGUACAACCACGCACGACGAGAGCGGGAGUGGCGCUGCGCCAUUGACGCAGAGGGCACGCGGCUCGACACGGGCCUCGCAGCUCACUGUGCUGUCGUGCGACAAGUGCGGCGGAGCAGGAGUCGUCACGACAGAGAACGGCGAACACUUCUGUCCCCUGAGCGAGCCGCUCUUCCAGAGGGUUCACAAGACGGAACUGUGUGAACGCCGUCUGCCCAGGCUCAAGGCGUCCGCUGCGGCUAGUGGUCUCAUACAGCUCGGCAACCCCAAGAUGUCGCCCCUGCCCAUGCCAGAGCACAACGUCGUGCUGUUCAAGGCGCAAACCAUCGCCACGGUCAUCAAGCAGCUGCGUGGCACCCACACAGCCACUAUCUGGCUACCCCUGCCUCAAAUGCUCGUACUACGCCCUCCGCCCCAAGAGCUCCACCUCAUGGGUACAGCAUAUGUACUUGCAGCGACAGCACCAAGGCCAAGCCCAUUGUCAGGCCCGCCAGUUAUCCGGCGUUGA